AUGAGCGCCCCAAAGCUUAAAGCUAGUGUAACUAGUGCCGAUUUAUCUACGCCCAAGCCAGAUCCAGAGCCAGUAUCAGAGAAGACAGAGAUAGCGGAGGGAGAGAGAAAUGCGACGGAUGGUAUCGAGGCAGCACCAAAGAAGUCGCUGGCCUUUAAGCUGGCCUUCGUAGGCCUUGCCACUAGCCUUUUUGUCUUUCAGCUGGACGCAACUGCUCUUGGUAUUGCACUUCCGACCAUAGCCGCUGAGCUAGGGGGACAAAGUCUAGAGUCCUUCUGGGCGAACCUGUCCUACACACUAUGUGGUAUUGCCAUGCAACCGAUUUGGGCGAGUGUUUCUAACGCAUUUGGUCGAAAACCGCCCUUGUUCGUGUGUAUGACGCUGUUCUUCGUUGGAUCCGUCGUUUUUGCCGUUGCCAAAAAUAUGAACACUAUUAUCAUUGGCCGAGUGCUUCAAGGCUUUGGUGGCGGAGGAAUCGACGUCCUUGUGGAGGUGAUUAUUGCAGAUAUGACGACGCUGCAAGAACGCGCCAAAUACCUUGGCUUGAUGGGCAUUGUCCUGGCUAUCGGCAAUAUAAUGGGGCCCUCUGUUGGAGCGCUUUUUGCUACUUAUGCUACUUGGAGAUGGAUUGGAUGGGUUAACCUGCCAUUGCUAGGAAUUGGCAUGCCCCUGGUAUAUUUCUUCCUCAAACUACGGCCAGUCCCACUCGAUAAAUCACUUGCCAAAAACCUGGCCCGCCUGGAUUGGAUCGGUAUGAUGCUCGUUAUUGUCGGCAUCACCAUCCUAGUCUUGCCUAUCAGCUGGGCCGGCUCCUUAUUCCCAUGGUCGUCGUGGCAGACCCUUGUUCCAAUGCUCCUGGGGGUUUUUGUGCUUGCAAUAUUUGCCAUCUACGAAGCAAGGCCCGCAGCCCCUAUUGUGCCCCAUCGCCUUUUCCACUCAAAGACCGCAAAUAUGACAUUAGCAGGAGGCUUUAUCCAUGGCGCAACUCUAGUCUCGCUUUUACAAUACUUACCACUGAUCUACCAAGCCGUACAACUAGAAACCCCAAUAUUAUCUGCCGUCUCUCUAUUGCCUACUGUCGUUACAAGUGUAGUUCUUGCAGCUACCUCAAUGAUGAUGGUCCCGUUUUUUGGAGGAUACGUAUGGCUUUUACGGCUUUCAUGGAUCAUACUCACACUGGGGACAGGCUUGUUAGCCCUUCUCCGUGUAGAAUCAACAUCAGCGAUGCGCCUUGGACUCCCAAUCCUAUGGGGAGCGGGGGUGGCCCUGCUCCGUCUGAAUCUUCUACCCAUGCAAGCGAGUGUCAAGAAUGUCGACGACACAGGCCUAGCGAUCGGUUUAUUUCUCACUAUUCGCAUGUUUGGAGGGCUGAUUGGCCUUACUAUUGCUUCGACAAUAUUCAACACUGUCUUCUCGACAACCAUAUCCUCCUCUGCAGCACAACUUACAGGCCCCCUGCUGCCCCUCCGUGAUGCCUCCAAUGCUGUCGCCUUUAUUGAAAAGCUAAGAUUGCUAGAUGUUUCCCCUGAAACGCUUCUUCCCGUUUUGAAAGUUUAUCUGAAAUGCUUCCAGACGAUAUUUUAUACGAUGACGGGACUUGGUGGACUGGGUUUUGUGACCGCAAUAUUCAUAGAUGAGAUUGCCCUGAGUGGGGAGAAUCUUGGGAAUCAGCGAUUUGAGGAAUAA